GUUCCCUUCUUCGUUCGGGUUGCGUUCUGUUGCUACGCAGAAACGGAAGUAGCUAGCAUUUUGAUAGGAAGUAGCCAACUAGCUAGACAGCUAACAUUAAGCCAGCAUCGUUACAUCCAUCAAACACCUCAGUACAAAACAAUGCCGGAGUUAGCGGUAGAGAAUGUGGUUGUCCAUCCACUGGUGUUGCUCAGCGUGGUGGAUCAUUUUAAUAGAAUAGGGAAAGUAGGCAACCAGAAGCGAGUAGUCGGUGUGCUCCUUGGGUCUUGGCAUAAGAAAGUCCUUGAUGUUUCCAACAGCUUUGCAGUGCCUUUUGAUGAGGAUGACAAGGAUGAUUCAGUAUGGUUCCUGGAUCAUGACUACUUGGAGAAUAUGUACGGCAUGUUCAAGAAAGUCAAUGCCAGAGAAAGGAUAGUGGGAUGGUAUCACACAGGACCUAAACUACAUAAGAAUGACAUUGCCAUCAAUGAACUCAUCAAGCAAUAUUGCACCAAUUCAGUAUUAGUGAUCAUUGAUGUGAAGCCGAAGGACCUGGGCCUGCCUACAGAGGCCUACUUCUCUGUUGAGGAAAUACAUGACGAUGGCACUCCAACGUCGAAGACCUUUGAACAUGUGACGAGUGAGAUCGGAGCAGAGGAGGCAGAGGAGGUGGGCGUGGAGCACCUGCUCAGAGACAUCAAGGACACUACAGUGGGUACACUGUCUCAGCGGAUCACCAACCAAGUACAUGGUCUGAAAGGGCUCAACUCCAAGCUGCUGGACAUCAGGGCUUACCUGGAAAGAGUGGCUGCUGGCAAACUGCCUAUCAACCACCAAAUCAUCUACCAUUUGCAGGAUGUCUUCAACCUUCUUCCAGACGUCAACUUACUGGAGUUCACUAAGGCCUUCUACUUGAAAACCAAUGACCAGAUGCUAGUGGUCUACCUGGCAUCCCUCAUCCGCUCAGUAGUGGCUCUACACAACCUGAUCAACAACAAGAUUUCCAACCGUGAUGCUGAGAGGAAGGAGGGGCAGGAGAAGGAAGAGGGGAAGAAAGAGAAGAAAGAGGACAAGGAGAAGAAGGAUGACAAAGAGAAGGAGAAAGGUGACUCCUCGUCCAAGAAAGAUGAAAAGAAGAAGAAAUGAGUGUGCACUCUGUAUUGCUGUGUGUCUUAAAUCACACCCUGUGAUCACCUAGGGUAGGGCACAUUUUGGCCUGAGCCACAUGCAUUUAUGUAUGUGGCUCUAGCUACAAUUAGUGCGCUAUACGGUGUCAUUUGAGACUUGCCCUUUGUCAUAACUGGUAUUGAAUAACUGAAGUACUGAGAGGGAAAGGAUGUUGGAUGGUGAUGUGUUGGAUGUUCUCUAUAAUGAGAACAUCUUCAUUCUGAACUGUCUGGGCUAUGUUCAGUAAGCAAAAUUUACAAAGUGCGCACAUGCAUAUUCUAGAACAGAUGCCCUUAAUGUCAGCUCUAAACCGGUAUUUCUAUCUACAAUGUUCAGUAAAUUGCCCCUGCCUGAAUGUGUUUGUAUACAUGGUUGUUUGUGAGCUGUUUAUCUUUUAUAUGGUGGAAAGGAAUCUUCAGUAUCUUUAUCACUCAUAAAAUUGGGGUCCUAUUAAAGAGUUCUGUUUUGUUUCUGUU